AUGUUUAGCUGUUGGAAUGAAUCCAAGGGGUUUUUGAUUUUUUUAGAUAAUUUAUUAAUUUUUUUAGCAAUUCAAAGUGAACGUGUUCUGCCACCUUCACAGACUGAAAAUAAUGAAAUUAGAAUUGUUUCUUCUUGUAUUUCUACUAAAAGAGCGAUUAUAUCUUGUGUUAAAAGUUCCAGUUCAAUAGAAACACAAACUGAACGUUCAUUCCUUCUCGACAACCCUUCAUUUCGUUUUUCCGAAUUUGGCCCAACAACAACACAAUUUCAACACCAAAUAUUUACUUCACUAGUUUCACAUCCAGUAUCUUCUUUAAAAAAUGAUAAUUUUUCAAUAUUUAAUUUAUGUAAAAAUAAUUUGUUAGAACAACAACUAAGCGAAAAACCAUCAACUAGUGGGGGAUUAAACAAGAUGACAAAUACAUUACCAUUAAUAUUUGACAUGGAUUGCCAAUUUAAAGAACAAAAAGUAAAAGAACUUGUAGAAAUACAAAAAUGUUUAUUUAAUCGAAUAGAUUUAUCAGCAAAUAGAAUAGCUACGGCUACAGAUGCUGCAAAUGAUUGGAACAGAUGUUUUGUUUUAUUUAUUGAUUUCCUCAAAGCUUUACCAGAAAUUGAUAAAUUUCCAAUAGAAGAUCAAAUUAUUAUAACAAAAGCAAGAUUUCCGGCGUUUCAUUGGGCAUUAUGUGCACUGUGGACAUUAGAAACUGGAAUUGACAAAGGAAUAUGUUAUUGUAAUGGAUCAUAUUUUCCGCGCGAACCUUCCCUUCAAUGUAUUUUAGUUGAAAGUAAAUGUGUAGAGAAAAUGUUUACAGUUUUAGUUGAACCUUUAAGUAAAUUACAAUUAAAUGAAAUUGAAAUUAGUUUAUUUUAUAUUAUUGUUAUAAUAUCUUCAACAAUCCCUGAUUUAUCAGAAAAAAGUAAACAAAAGUUUUCUCUUCUAAAGCAACACUAUUUCUCCCUUUUAUAUAACAAUAUUUUUUGUAAAAUAAUUUCUAAUGAAUCUUCACCAACAACAACUUCAAACGAAGCAAGUAUUCAGGCAUCUGUACGUGCUGGACAUAUACUUAUUUUGUGUUCUGCUAUUACCGAAAUGACACACAUUUCGAGUGAUAAUAUUCAAGCAAAUAAUGCACUUCAAUUACUCAGUAUGGAAACUUGGAAAAUAUAUCAAAGAAUUGUUUAAUGUUAUUUAAAAAUUAUUGGUAGGCUAAUUAGUUUUAAUAAAAAUACAUGAGAGAGAAAGGACUUUUAAAAAAUUUUAAAUUUAAAUAUUUAAAAAUUAAACACCUUUUAUCUUUUCCGAUUUUUUUUGAUUAUACAUAUCUGUCAAUAUUAUAUCUCUAACGAAACAUUUUCUCUUUCUCUAAGAACUAUUUUUUCCAAAAUUCGAUCAAUUAUUUUUUUCUCCCUUCCUCUCACUCUCUCGGCUGUCAACGGCUGUCAAAACAAAUUCACUUUGGUGAAUAGUUUACAUACAUAUAUUUUUUACCAAAAUUUAUGUUUAGUAAAAGGAAUAGCAUCUUUAUGUAAUUUACUGGCUGA